CUGUCAGGGUCACGUGACGUGGUAUUAGCUCGCUGACUCUGCUAUGUUUUUCGAUUGUUUCACUGUUUCAGAUAUGCGACGUUCCAUGCUUUUAUCGGUGUGUUGUCGUCGAGGGACGCCCCGCGGCCGCUCUAACACCCGUUUUCAACGACCUCCGUCGAGCACUUUUGCCCUGAAAACAGCAGCCGUUGGCCUGCACGUCACGUGACCAGCAUGCGACGGAGCGUUUGAUAAAAAGAUGGCGUGAGCUCGAGCAGAGAGGACAAACAAGCACCCGAGCUGCAGAGAGCUGCCGACCGUGAACCGCAGCUCCCGUAUUAAAGUAACGCUUUUAGUCUCCGUAUCCUGGUUGCUAACGUUAGCAAGCAACAUUAACUGAGGCAUAGUGCGCGUGCGAGAACCGUUAAUAACGCUAGAACAACAGGGGCCGUCGGCUUGCUGCUUUAGCCUCCACUCUUAGCUUUCCUGAAGCAGGUUACGAAGGACAAGACUGACCACUGAAUGGAUCCUGGACAGGAUUUGCUCCUCGCUGCUUUAAGUGAGAGUGGAAUUUGCCCAAAUGAUCUCGGGCUCUUAGAUGUGGAUUCUCAGGAUGUUAUGCAGCCUUCUACAGCCCAGCAAUCCAUUUCCAUCAGCGCUCUGGAUGUUGGUGUGGGAGCAGAAUCUGUGGAAGUUGUUCGAUCUGAGCCUCAAACUGCAGUCCCAGUUGUUACAAUCAGACAGCAUAAACCUCAGCCAUCAACAACCACAUUUGUCUUAAAUCAACUGAAUCAGUUGCCGUCACUAGGGGCCACUGCUACCAAGCAGUCAGUCUCCAAUCCAAUCAAACAUACCAUCACAGUCACCAAGGUGGUCCAUGUCGCCAGUUCAGGACUGCGUGCUUCAGCAACACCCCCACCCUCAAGCGUUCCUCCUUCAGUGUCCACGCUAGUGCCUUCUAACAAAGAUCAGAUUCAGCUGAAAGACCUUCUUCGGCCCAACAAAGUGAAAACCACCAUUUUAAAGGGCAACAGUUUGAUGGAGCUGAUGAAACUUAAACCUCCACCUGACAUUGCUCCACCUGUGGCAACGGCUACAGCAACAGGCGCAGGUGACGCAAACAAUGGAAUCAAGAAAGAAGUGUUCGGCAAAGAUGCUACCAGGAUCUGGAUUAAAGAUGACAUUAAAAUGCAAAACUUUUCAAAUGCUCUGAAAGCUGCAGGCCUAAAAGAAGAGGAUGAACAUGAGGAGGAAGAAGAAGAAGAGCUGGGUCACGCAGAGACAUAUGCAGAGUACAUGCCUAUGAAAUUAAAGAUCGGCCUGAGGCAUCCGGAUCCUGUGGUGGAGACCAGCUCUCUGUCCAGCGUCAGCCCUCCAGAUGUUUGGUACAGACUGUCCAUCCCAGAGGAAGUCAUUGAUCGGGGCUGCUUGUCAGCACUGCAGCUAGAGGCUAUCACAUAUGCUGCUCAGCAACAUGAGACAUUCCUACCCAACUGCGACCGAGCUGCCUAUUUGAUUGGAGACGGAGCCGGUGUGGGGAAAGGCCGGACUAUUGCAGGGAUCAUUUAUGAGAACUACCUUCUGGGCAGAAAGAGAUCACUUUGGUUUAGUGUCUCUAAUGAUUUGAAGUAUGACGCUGAAAGGGAUUUGAGGGACAUUGGUGCCAAGAAUAUCCAGGUCCAUUCACUAAACAAGUUUAAAUACGGCAAAAUCUCCUCCAAACACAAUGGGAGUGUGAAGAAAGGGGUGAUCUUCGCCACCUACUCAUCUUUGAUAGGAGAGAGCCAGUCAGGAGGGAAGUACAAGACCAGAUUUCAACAACUUCUCCACUGGUGUGGGGAAGACUUUGAUGGAGUUAUUGUCUUUGAUGAAUGUCACAAAGCUAAAAACGUUUGUCCCAUCGGCUCCUCCAAGCCGACUAAGACUGGCCUCGCCGUUUUGGAGCUGCAGAACAAACUUCCCAAAGCUCGGGUUGUGUAUGCUAGCGCUACCGGAGCCUCUGAGCCACGAAACAUGGCGUACAUGAACCGGCUGGGAAUAUGGGGCCAUAAAACACCGUUCAGAGAGUUUGGCAACUUUAUCCAAGCAGUUGAACGCAGAGGUGUUGGUGCCAUGGAAAUAGUUGCUAUGGACAUGAAACUCAGAGGGAUGUACAUAGCCAGACAGUUAAGUUUUACAGGCGUGACUUUCAAGAUUGAAGAAGUCCCUCUAACUCAGCAGUACAUCAACAUGUACAACAAGUCUGUGAGGCUGUGGGUUAGCGCACGUGAGAAGUUCCAACAGGCUGCCAACCUCAUGGAAGCAGAGCAGCGCAUGAAGAAGUCCAUGUGGGGUCAGUUCUGGUCCGCCCAUCAGAGGUUCUUCAAGUAUCUCUGCAUUGCCUCCAAAGUCCGCCGGGUGGUCCAGUUAGCCAGAGAGGAAGUUCAGAACGGAAAGUGUGUGGUGAUCGGUCUGCAGUCCACUGGUGAGGCGAGAACACUGGAGGCCUUGGAGGAGGGAGGAGGAGAGCUCAACGACUUUGUGUCAACAGCAAAAGGUGUGCUGCAGUCCCUCAUAGAGAAGCACUUCCCAGCUCCAGACAGACAGAAGCUUUACAGCCUGCUAGGCAUCGACCUCUCUGCAAAAAAAACUCCCUCUCCUGCUGAGAAUGCAGCACAGCUGGAACAAAAGGGAAAGAAGAGGAAAGGUUCAGAGGCCAAAAAACAGCCUAAAAAGAAGCCUCGCAAGCAUGGGGGCCUGUCCGGUACGAGUUCAGAGGAGAGCGAGUCCGAGGAAUCGGACAGAGAGUCUGGGAAGGACAGCGACGACAGCUUCAAGUCUGUCAGCUCAGGAGACGAAGACGACGAUUUCAAUCCAUUCAGAGACGAGUCUGAUGAAGACGAGGAGGACGAUCCUUGGCUAAUCAGAAAGGAGCCGAAGAAAGGGAAGAAGGAGAAGAAGAAAAGGAGGAAGAGUAUUGAUCCGGACUCGAUUCAAAGUGCCUUGUUAGCCUCGGGGCUGGGCUCCACCAGGCCCGGUUUCACCGCCUCAGUGAACGCCCCCAUCACUCCUGCUACUGUUAAGACAGAGAGCCAGGAAAGCUGCCUAACGAGUCAGGACUCGGUGGAACUUGCCCAGAAAAUGAAGAAACAGCUGCUGGAACAACUGGAGGGGUUGGCAGAAGAUCUGCCUCCCAACACCCUGGACGAGCUGAUCGACGAGCUGGGAGGGCCGGAAAACGUGGCGGAGAUGACCGGUCGUAAAGGUCGCGUGGUCAGUAACGAUGACGGCAGCAUCACCUAUGAGUCCCGCUCUGAGCUGGACGUCCCUGUAGAAAUCCUCAACCUGACUGAGAAACAGAGGUUCAUGGAUGGAGAAAAGAACAUAGCCAUCAUCUCGGAAGCGGCCAGCUCCGGUAUUUCCCUGCAGGCCGACCGGCGUGUGAAGAACCAGAGGAGGAGAGUCCACAUGACCCUGGAGCUGCCGUGGAGCGCAGACAGAGCCAUACAGCAGUUUGGACGAACACACAGAUCAAACCAGGUCACAGCUCCAGAGUAUGUUUUUCUCAUAUCAGAGCUGGCAGGAGAGCAAAGAUUUGCAUCCAUUGUUGCCAAAAGACUGGAAAGCCUGGGGGCUCUCACUCACGGAGACCGACGGGCGACAGAAACAAGAGAUCUGAGCAGGUUCAACUUUGACAACAAGUACGGCAGAAACGCUCUGGAAAUUGUGAUGAAGUCGAUAGUAAAGCUCGACGCUCCUCUGGUGCCUCCGCCCUCAGACUUCAAAGGGGAUUUCUUCAGAGAGAUUCAGAGUGGGCUGAUAGGCGUGGGCCUCAUAAAUGUGGAGGACAGAUCUGGAGUGCUUACACUGGACAAAGACUACAACAACAUAGGGAAAUUCCUGAACCGGAUAUUGGGCAUGGAGGUCCAGCAGCAAAAUGCCUUGUUCCAGUAUUUCUCUGACACUCUGACAGCAGUGAUCCAGGAAGCCAAGAAGAAUGGCAGAUAUGACAUGGGCAUUCUGGAUCUCGGCUCGGGUGAUGAGAAGGUGAAGAAGGCGGAUUGUCGAAAGUUUCUGACGCCAGGCUACACUACGUCAGGACACGUAGAACUCUACACCGUCGGCGUGGAAAGAGGAAUGUCUUGGGAAGAAGCGACACACGCCUGGGCAGAGCAGAACGGCCCAGACGAUGGCUUCUAUGUCCAGAUGAGAAAUAACAGAAAAACGGCCAUCCUGGUGAAGGAAGUGAACACUAAGAAGAGGCUGUUCCUGGUGUACAGGCCAAACACCGGCAGACAAGUCAAGCUGGAAACAUACGCUGACAUCAAAAAGAAGUUUAAGAAGGUUCUGUCAGAAGAUGCCAAGCAGCACUGGACUGAGCAAUACCAGUCAUCAGCAAAAAUAUGCUCUCAUGCGUACUGGCGUGGCAACUGCAAGAAAGCCUCAGUUGGCCUGCUGUGUGAAAUCGGGCUGCGCUGCAGGACGUACUACGUUCUGUGUGGCUCUGUGCUCAGCGUGUGGAACGAACUGGAAGAAGUUCUUUCUCCAGUCAGCGGAAGCAACGUGAAGGUGCAGAUUGUCCGCCUGCGCACCGAGGACGGCCAGAGGAUAGUCGGGUUGAUCAUUCCAGCGAACUGCGUGUCUCCGUUGAUCAACAAGCUCUCGACCUCAGAUCAGAGCCAGCAGCUGGCUGUGCAGGAGCAGCAGAAGAGGCAGCUGCUCCACCCUCAAAGUCUUACUCAUGUCCUCAACACAUAAUGAGCCGGUUUGAGCCCAGACUCCGCCCUGACUCUACGGUCCACUCAGGAGGCCUCUGGCUCCGGCCGUGUCUCGGUGCGCUGCAUGCUUCAGGGCUGCUCCUCUCACUCCUCCACCAUUGUCCCCUGAGGGCCUGAAGUCCGGAGGCCGGCUGUGCCGACCGUUGGGACGUAAAACAGCGGUCAGUCGUUCUCCCAACCCGUCGACGCCGUUGUGUUGUACUCUGAUAUUCAGAGUGAGGUUAGUGAUCCGCUCCAGACACGGCGUGAAAACUCAAGUUUGUUCUGUUCAAAUUGGGCACGCAGCAAAAAAAUACCCAAACUUCCCGGGUCCAGGCUAAAGAUGAAUGAAACCAAACCACUAUACUUCUGAAAUGAGAGGACUCGUUUCUACGGCCGUCUGAUGUUCAACCGCCACCGUCUGGGUAAUUAACAAAAACCCCUGAAAGCAGCAGAGGGAUGCUAUUUGGCGUUUGAUUCAGGUCAUCUCAUUUGGGACAAAUUUCUUUCCUGCCAUAAUCCUCACAAUCACACAAAGACCAAAACUACAUUAUGGUGAGGGUCAGCUUGCAUUUCACGUAGACCAAUUUGUUUUUCUGCAAACACGUCUCAACUACUUCAGCAAGCUUUGUAGAUUAGUUUUAUUUUGGAAUUUGUAACUUUUUCCUAGAAGAAACACAUUCUGUCGAACACAUCCAUACUGCGCUAGGAAGGAGAGCGUUAGUAUUUACAUGAACCUUGUGUUAGUUUUUUUUUUCUCCUUUAGCAAAGGAAGAAAAUCAAAGGGUUGUUAUUGAAACAGGAAGUUCAGUGAGUAUUUAGUUGGAUUCAGUUUCAUCCUUCAUUUUGUAAGCAGCAUAAAGAAGUGAAAUAAAUGGUUUCAGAUCUAUAUAUAUAUAUAUCAUUUAGUGUCAAGUGGUAUACAUGUAACUUUUUCAAAAGGCAUUUCUUCCCCUGCAUUUUGUUUGCCAUUCAUUUAUUAAAAGAUAACAGUAAUAAUAUCUGGGGCCCAGAAAGCAGUUUCCUAUUCUUUGACAAAUAAGUUACUUAACAUCUAUCGCUACACUACCACUAAUCAGUUGUUAAAUGGAAUUUAUAUUGCUUUAUUUGCUGUUCCAAAUAGUUUGCAACGCUCUUUGAAGCAAAGGUGAGGAAAUAACUAAACAAUACUCAGCCAAGGGACUCUUAAAAAUAUGAAAAGACGCAGUCAUUACAAACAUCGUUUUGCUUUUUACAAAUAAACAGCUCAGGGGUUUAUCUGUUUUUCAAAAUAAAGUGUAUGUGAAAUGCCUGACCAGAUUUUUAAUUUACCGUUUCUCAGUGAUGUUUAACUGGAUUUUAUGAUGCCGUAUUAGGACUAUUAUGGCGGGAGGAAAAUAAAUACAUUUCCACCAAAAAAACAAAACAAAACUGGGGGCUUGUUUCUUAUAGACAAUUUCUGAAAAUCUCAACAUUUUUGUGAGAAUUGUAGAUUUUCAGAGUUUUUCUGUGUAGAAAGUCCUUAUAUUUGAGUUUCGAGUCAAAUUUUCGACUUUGGAAGCUCAACAAAAGUCGAAAAAUUGCAACUUUUGAAAUUCAGAAUUUUCUAGGGGUUUUCCCUUGAAAGAUCAAUCUCAAAAUGCUUUUUAUUUUUGGCAGAAAUGUACUCCUCUUUUUUUCCCAUCUACAAUGGCCCUAUCACAGCGUCACAAUAUCUGAAGCUUCUCUUUUCGUUGCACAUAUUUCCGCUUCCCAAACCCAUCCUUAGAGUCCGGUUCACAUCUAAUCCCAUUUCUGUGGACUCGUGCGCCUAUUAUAUUAUUUGUAGAAUACAAUACAAAACCUCCUGGGUUUUGUAUUGUAUUCUACAUCAUCUGCACUAAACAGGACAGAACACACCUUCUGGGUGCAUGAGCUUUACUGAAACUGAAGAAUAAAAAGCCAGGAUGUGUUUGUUUUUUUGUUUUUAUUUUAAUGGAGGAAUGCAUCCUGACCCUCUGGAUUAGACACAGCUCCAUUCAGUCUGCCUCCUCUCCUGACUGGCGUCACGUUCAGAAAAUGCUUUGUAUUAUUUGUACAGUCGGGAAAUCUUCCUGCUCUUUGGACACCUGGGGAAGGAACUGCUUCUGUGUUUAAACUUGAAUGUGCACCUUGUAAGCCAGCACCUCAUGUUUUGACUCCUGGGGUGUUGUGUGUGUGUGUGUGUGUGUGUGUGUGUGUGUGUGUGUGUGUAUGUAUAUAAGAGGCCGAGUAAUUUUUUUUUGUUUUGUUUGAAUGCUACUAGAUUGUUCUAGUAGUUAAAACCCUUAAACUGUUUCUCUUUUCUUCCUCUUCAUUGCACGAGUUGCACUACUGACAUACAAAAUUUCAACAUUGCGUGUACAUGCAUCUUCAAUAAAAGCUUGGUUUACUUCUA